CGCGAGACUAUAUACGAUCUACCAGGCCUACAUGAUAGUUGCAUCAUAAUAGUACAUUCUUUAUCUAAUUGGCAUGCAUGGAAUGUAAAACUACAUUAAAUGUAUAGUGCUAAUGUCCCAGCUCACUCACCUGCACCAAGUGUUUACCAAGCUGCAUAAUUAUGUGUGAGUGUGACUCAAAGACCAAAGAGCAAGAGCUAUGGAGGCUACGGCUAAACUGGGCAUUCAUUAUCUUCAUGGCUCCCAUGUAUUCAAUCAGUAUGUAUGGUAUUAUUUCAUCCUUUCAUCAAUUCGUGACCAACCCAACUGAAGUUGAGAUUCUGUCACAAAACAACACUAAACAGAAGAUUGAGCCAGGCCUCGGAGAAUCUGAAUUAUUUUACUCCUUGUUAAUUUCAGCUACCAAUGUUGGUGCUAUCAUUGGUGGGCUAGUGUGUGGAUUUCUUGUGGGGAUUGUUCCCUACUGGUAUUUGUGGGCAGUGUCACUAGUGGCACACACAAUUAGCUAUGUUAUGUACUGUGUUGUACAUCAAGGUUGGCUGAUGAUGAUUUCCAGGCUUCUUGCUGGGUAUUUCGCAGGUGCUACUCUUACACUCGGCUUCAGCUACUUCACUGACACCAGUGUUUUGUACGUUGAAAAACUAACGGGUGCCAAAACAGAAUCAGAGCGAGUUAGAAACUAUCUGUUUGCUACUUUUAGUUUUUCAAUGAACCUGGGAUUCCUUUUAGGACCAGGUUUUGCAGUAAUUGUGGCACAGUUUGAGUCAGUGGAUCAGUUCAGGGCGAUUGGAUGGUUCAACGUUGCCUAUGGUGUAGUUGUUUUGUGUGUAUUGGUGAUAUUGUUUCGGGGAGAAAUGAGUUUCAAAACUGACAGAAGAUUGAGUUAUUGUCAAGCUAAGAAACAGAAUUCUAGCUGUCGAUUGCAAAAUAUGAGUCUACUGUCACUUUUCAUAAUAAUUUCAUUUCUUUUCUUAUUUAUAUUGGAAAGGAUCCGAGCGGCCUUUAUUGGAACUGUAUUCAACCCCAUUGCCAGUGAUUCGUUCGGAAUUGAUGAGAGUGGUGCCUCGUACUUUGUCUUAGUUCUCUCUAUUCCUCUACUAGGAGGAUCAAUUUCAUUACUUGUUUUCCAAAGACUAAAGAUGUCGAGCCAGAUGAUUGUCCUGACAGGCAUCAUUACUACAAUGUGUGGAUAUUUAAUUGUGACUGAUUGGCAGACGAUUCCCUACGAUCCGUGCACAGAGUACAGUCCCUUUCAUCAUCCUGAAAUUGUCCAAUAUUAUGAAAAUAACACAAUUAUUGUAGGCAGGUUUCAAGCUGAAUCACAUCUUGAUUUCACUUUGCCCAAGCUGAAAGGAGUCAAGCUUUUGUCCAACAUUAACCUCAUAUUUGCUGAUGGUACAUUUUUUGAGUCAGACUUAAGGAUUAACCUCAGUUGCAGUCAUGUUGACAAUUGUACGUGUGCUCUAAAGAAUCCUGCCUGUUUGCAUUUCAAAAUUGAUGAAAAUCUAAACAUUCUACUGGCUACAAGCCCCGAGGAUGUAUAUUAUUACGACUGUAGUUUUAACUUCAACCUGAGAUCACCAAUCACAGCAUGUAUUACUCUAUCAAGACAUCAAACAGCACUGGUAGGUAAUAGAGCAACGGCCCCUGUUUCAAAACAAGAAGCUGAAAUUGAAAGCAUCAAUGUACUGCCAAAAAGAGUAUACUUCGUAGCUCGAAACAGCUGUAUUGAGGCGAAUGUGACUGGUCACCAGUGUCACUGGAUACCCUCGUCCACAAUCACCAAGAAGGAGUGUAAAGACUGUCAGCCCAUCUGUAGGAGCGUGAGCCAGACACUCACUUUCACUCAGUUUCUGGUUGGCAAUGGACUGUUGGUUUACACCAGUGCACUCCAGUAUUCUCCGAUCGUAUCAUUACUCAUGAACCAAACACCAAAACAAAUCCAGGGAAUAGUGAUUGGAUCCAUGACGGCUGUGGGCGGUGUAUCAUCAAGUGUGUCUCCUUUACUGAUCGAUGCUGUGUACGAAGAGAUGAAGAAAAGAGUGUUUUUGCUAACUAUACUGUUUGCUCUAGUACACUUUCCCUUUAUCCUUGAGAUUGUUGCACUCUACCCAAAACUGGGACCAAGAACUACAGACAACACAGACAUUGAAUACAGCAAACUGGAACAUGAAUGAUAAUUACGUUACUCUCUAUAGGAAAAUGCCUAUUGCAUGUAAUAAUUGUGCAUAAAAUUAUGUUGGAAAUGUUGUU